AUGGCCGACGAAGAGCUGAACCUCUAUGAUGAGAUUGAGAUCGAAGACUGCUUCUAUGACGAGACGUUGCAAAUAUACCACCACCCAUGUCCCUGCGGCGACCGCUUCGAGAUUUCCAUAGCAGACAUGCGCGAUGGCGAGGACAUUGCGCGCUGCCCCAGUUGCAGUCUGAUGAUCCGGAUAAUAUUUGAUCAGUCUGAUCUACCGCCCGACACGGACAAUGCGCCCCAGGCUGCUGCCAUUACUGCGUAG